AUGAAAAUAUGAGAACAAGACACGGACUUGGUUUCACAACCACAACUUCUCUUUCUUUUUUUGUUUCUACCUUGAAAUAAAAAUUUCAUCAAAAUCGUCUCUAAGCCUUUAGAAAACAACGCAUCGUUUCGUUAAAAACCAAAAAAAAAACCACACCGGCAUUGGCCGCUUGAGAGCGGCGGCGUAGGAGAAUGGAAGCGCCGUCGAUUGUCGUUGAUCACUUGGUUCUGACAACGUUCUUAGCCUCUCUGUUCGCGUCUCUGUUUCUUUAUCUCUUCUCGCAGCGACGCCGAAGCAAAGAGAAUUCGAAACGUAGCGAGAGAACUCAGAGAAGAAUCGAUAAAACCCUAACGGUGAAAUCUGGGGAUGGUGUUGGUGUUGAUAUUAUCAUUGUUGGUGCUGGUGUCGCUGGUGCUGCCCUCGCUCAUACCCUCGGAAAGGAAGGAAGAAGAGUUCACGUUAUAGAAAGAGACUUAACAGAACCUGAUCGAAUUGUCGGUGAAUUGCUUCAACCUGGUGGUUACUUGAAGUUAAUCGAACUCGGGCUUGAAGAUUGUGUGAAGGAGAUAGAUGCGCAGAGAGUUCUUGGUUAUGCUCUCUUCAAAGAUGGGAAACACACUAAACUCUCUUACCCUUUGGAUCAGUUUGAUUCGGAUGUUGCGGGUCGUAGCUUUCACAAUGGGAGAUUUGUGCAGAGGAUGCGUGAGAAAGCUUCAACACUUCCCAAUGUUCGAAUGGAGCAAGGAACAGUGACAUCGUUGGUGGAAGAAAACGGAAUAAUCAAAGGUGUUCAAUACAAAACCAAAGAUGGCCAAGAGCUUAAAUCUUUUGCUCCUCUCACCAUUGUUUGUGAUGGUUGUUUCUCCAACUUGCGUCGCUCUCUCUGCAAACCUAAGGUGGAGGUACCAUCUAACUUCGUAGGUCUCGUCUUAGAGAAUUGUGAACUUCCAUUUCCAAAUCAUGGACACGUCGUUCUUGGUGAUCCAUCACCUAUUUUAUUCUAUCCAAUCAGCAGCUCUGAAGUCCGUUGCUUGGUCGACGUACCCGGUUCAAAACUUCCUUCACUCGCAAGUGGUGAAAUGGCUACUUAUCUCAAAACAAUGGUAGCACCGCAGGUACCUCCUCAGAUCCGUGACGCUUUCAUCUCCGCUGUCGAAAAAGGUAACAUAAGAACAAUGCCGAACCGAAGCAUGCCUGCAGACCCUAUUCCUACACCAGGAGCUUUACUUCUAGGUGAUGCGUUCAACAUGCGUCAUCCUCUUACUGGAGGUGGUAUGACUGUUGCUUUGUCUGAUAUAGUUAUCCUCCGCAACCUACUGCACCCGCUCACGAACUUAACCGACAAAGAAUCCUUAUCCAAAUACAUUGAAUCAUUCUACACGUUGCGUAAACCGGUUGCUUCAACCAUCAAUACGCUCGCUGGAGCUCUGUAUAAAGUGUUUUUGGCAUCUCCUGAUGAUGCUAGAAGCGAAAUGCGUCGAGCUUGUUUUGAUUAUCUUAGCCUUGGAGGGGUGUGUUCGUCUGGACCAGUAGCUUUGCUCUCUGGUUUGAACCCGCGACCUAUGAGCCUUGUUCUUCAUUUCUUCGCUGUUGCGAUUUUCGGGGUUGGUCGUUUGCUUGUACCUCUCCCUUCUGUUAAACGUUUAUGGCUCGGAGCUAGACUAAUCUCGAGUGCUUCAGGGAUUAUAUUUCCAAUAAUAAAAGCAGAAGGUGUGAGGCAAAUGUUCUUCCCUCGAACUAUUCCUGCCAUUUACAGAGCUCCUCCUACUCCUGCUCUGAAGAUUUCUCAAGUGUAAGAAUAGCUUAUUUGCUGUUACGGUUUGAAUGAACCGGGUGGUUUGAUUUGGUCUUUACGAACUUAUGGUUUGAAAUGUGUAUCCAUCAGCUUGAACAGAAUCAUCAAGUAAAUAAGUAUUAAGUACAGUAUCUUUGUUAAUUGUUAUUAUAGAAACUAUGUGUUUUGCAUAAUAA